AUGGCCAGCAACAAGAGCAAGCCCGCAAGACCUGUCAUCAAAGCAGAUACAUCGUACAAAAGCCCAUCGAUUCCAGAGCUGAGCAAAGACAAGAAUGAAAUCAUUCUCGGUCUUCUAAGCAGUCUCCUCGAGCCGAUAGGGAGACAUCGAGCGGCGCAUACUGUGAAAUCUUCGGCCAAAAAAUCGAACAAACGGAAGAGGACUUCUGAGCAGGAUACAGAUCCAGCCGUUAAUCCACAACCUCAAGAACCGGAGAUUCUGAAACACCUCACCGUGGGCUUGAAUUCCACAAGCCGUCAUCUUGAGGCUGAGGCGGCGUUCUCGAAGUCCGAACAGACAUCUGUCCCGGACAAAGAAACGAAAGCAACAGAGCAAGCAGCCAGGAAACGUAUGGGCGUCGUGUUCCUUACGAAGCCAAAGGACAAUCUGGUAUACGCCCAUCUUCCUUUGUUGUGCUAUGCAUCUUCUGGAGCAGAGAAAGAGAAGUCACAGCACACUCGCCUUGUUCUUCUGGAUCCUGCAUGUGAACGCACUAUUGCAACGGCCAUGGGUCUUCCUCGGGCUGGUGUGGUUGGUUUGUUCGACGAUGCUCCAGGUGCUGCACCUCUCCUGGAAUACAUACGAGACAAUGUGGCUCUUGUUGAAGUUCCUUGGCUGGAGCAAGCACUCUCUGGGAAAUGGAUGGGGAUCAACGUCGAGACCUACCUAUCUGGUCAAGUUUGA